CCCGUUUAUUUCUCGAUCGUCAAUGAUAAAAAUCGAAGGUGGAUAUAUUUAACAAAUUUUUGCUCGAAGAAAAAAUUUCUAUGCCUCUACGAAGGAUCAAACUCUUUUACUAUUAUUCGAAGAUUACCGAAUAAUACGCUUGAUCGAAAUUAAUACGCGUUGGAAAUUAUCCGCUAGAGUUUCAACGGUCGAAGAAAAACCGUUAAGCGUGAAGCACACAAAGAAGGAGGAAGCGGAUUUAAAAUAAUCAUGACGGAUUUUAACACGUCGUCGAGCUACUACGUUUGCGAUUUAUCAUCCUUUUACUCGUAUUAUUCGCAUUUGCAUGGAUGGAUCUCCCUUUUCGUCUGUAUUUUCGGUUCGAUCGCCAACGUUUUGAACAUUCUCGUUCUUACCCGACGUGAAAUGCGAUCACCGACCAAUAUAAUUCUAAUGGGAUUGGCCGUAGCAGAUCUGCUCGUAAUGAUCGAUUACAUACCCUAUGCGUUUCACUUUUAUCUGUAUCGUCGAUCAAGAAGGGACACGUUCACUUACGGAUGGACGAUCUUCGUACUGUUCCACUCGAACUUUUCUCAGGUUUGUCACACGAUUUCGAUCUGUUUAACUUUGAUACUGGCCGUGUGGAGGUACGUGGCUGUGGCAAGACCACAACAAAACAGGGAAUGGUGUAGUUACAGAAGAACUAUUUUUGCUAUUCUAAUCGCCUACAUUUUCUGCCCAAUACUUUGUAUACCACUGUAUAUUACAACAGAAGUAAGAAAACAAGUCGAACUCCUCGACUCGAAUGGAAUGACCGUACAUAAUCGAAAUAAGAGUUUAAUUGUAGAGAACACAACGAAUACGACGCUUUAUUUCGUCCGAUUAACCGAAACAGCAGAAAAUCAUGAUAUUUUAAAGGAACUAAAUUUCUGGAUCUACAGCGUUGUGAUAAAACUUUUUCCUUGCCUCGUGCUCACGAUCGUGAGCUUAAAACUUUUGCAAGUUCUGUUGGAGGCAAAACGAAGAAGACGGAAAUUGACUAACAUUCAAGAACAAAAUUUCGAGAAAAAAAAGAGUUGUCGGAGAGCGGACAAGGAACGACAGACUGAUAGAACUACUAUGAUGUUGCUCGCAGUUUUACUACUUUUUCUAUUGACCGAACUACCACAGGGAAUUCUGGGCCUUUUUAGCGUGCUCCUUGGCCCAAGGUUUUUCAAGGCUUGUUAUUUGAUGUUAGGUGAUGUUAUUGAUAUGCUAACACUUGUAAAUUCAGCCAUAAACUUCAUUCUAUAUUGUACAAUGAGUAGACAAUUCAGGAAAACGUUUAACGAACUAUUCUGCAAACAUUGGAAUAUUUCCAAGAAUAGUGGAAAACAAAUUUGUAUACAAAAUAAUGGAAAUACAGGAGUAUUUGAACGAAAAUACCACUGCCAAAAUGGAGCUGAUGAAUAAUAUUGUUAUUAUAUAAUAUGCAGUGAUGUUUUACUAUAGAAAAAUAUAAGUACAUAUCCAGUAUUCCUAAAUUCAU